ACGAAAGAAGACACAGCAGUGUCUGGAUGAGUACAGUUGAUCCAGUGACAGUUAUAAAUAAGUUACCAAAAUGAAUUUUAUAAUUAAAAAAAUAAUGUGGCAAAAUGGGACCCGGAUAAACCAGUACAUAUUCGCCGUUAUCAUUACCAUCCCGCUGCUCAGCUUUGGAAUGGUCCAAGGCUGGUUGUCACCGAUGAUCUCAGUCCUCCAGUCCUCGGAAGGGCCAGCCCCGGAGCCUUUCACCAGCACUGACAUAUCCUGGAUGACAUCCGUUACAUAUAUCACCGCAAUCAUAUUCGGUGCACCUAUGGGCUACCUCACAGAUAGAUAUGGCAGAAAGAUCAUGACUAUUAUUACGACUUUGUCUUUAAUGAUAUAUUGGCAAAUCAAACUAUUUUCCCUGCAGCCAUGGGCCCUGAUUCUAGCCCGCGCCAUCGCUGGUAUCCCUUGCUCAGCAUGCUACAUCGUUCUGCCAAUUUACUUAAAAGAAAUCAGUGAUAUCGAUUUAAGGGGAGCACUUGGAUCCCUGCUGAUUUUGAACAGAAACAUUGGGUAUCUGGCCAGCUAUGUGUUUGCGGAUUUGCUGGAGGUGACGCCAAUGCUGUGGAUGGGACUGUUGGUGCCGACUGUUGUCUUCUUUAUCUUCUUGAUAAUGCCGGAGACGCCGGAAUUCCUAAUCAAACAAGGAAAGAUUGAUGAGGCGAAAACCGUUCUGGCGUGGCUUCGCGGUAUGAGCGUAAUGGAGCCAUCCUUGGAGCUGGAGAUCGACAGCCUGGUGAAGGUGGAGAAGCAGACCAAGGCUGACGCUAAGAACGUCUGGAGAAUUAUAUUGAAAGACAGGGCUACCUUCAAAGCGUUCAUAAUAACACUGGUGAUAAAAAUCACACAGCAGUUCGACGGCUACCUGAUCGUGCUGAUAUACGCCGGCUUCGUGUUCGAGCGGGCAGGCGAGUCCAUCACUCUCCAUCUCAGUCCUAACAAGCAAGUCAUGAUGAUUGGACUUGUUCAGUUGUUGGGUUCUACUGUUGCUACUUGUAUAGUUGAGAAGACUGGAAGAAAGCUCCUCCUUGUGAGCACAUCGUUCGCGCUAGGGGUGGGUAUGCUGCUGCUGUCGACGUGGUUCUACCUCACCGACAUCGGCGUGUGGCUGCCGGGCUGGCUGCCGGUGCUCGCCAUGUGCCUCUGCAUCUUCGCCGAUGCGGCCGGCUUCCAGCCUAUCUCUUACAUCAUCAUCACUGAUUUAUUCACGUUCCAGCUUCGUGGUACAGUAUCAUCAUUCGCGAACAUCUGCGCAAAACUCAGCAACUUCGUGCAGAUGAAAUGGUUCACCACAAUAUGCGAGCUGAUCAGCAUACAUUGGACCUUCUUGUUUUUCGCAAGCGUGUGCUUCUUCGCUUGCUUCUACACUUUAGUAGCGUUCCCGGAAACGAGGCAAAAGUCCGUAGAAGAAAUAUACGAGAAACUGUCGAGUAGGAAUAAAAAUAAGAAAGAUGAGAGGAUAAAGGCUGUACCCUAGAACUAAUGCUACAAAAUGGUAUAAAUGUUGUUACGUACCUACCUAUUAUAAUUUUUAAUGAAUGAUUGCAUGAAUUUUUGGGAGAUUCUGCUUUAAGGUUGUGAUAUGAAGUAGGUAUUAGGCUAAUUGUCCACUGACAGUAAAACUUACAGAAGUUGGCUUUGGAAAGUCACUUGCACUCGCAGACAGUUAAUUGCAAGUUUUAUUGCUAAUGGGCACUUAGCUUUAGGCACCUGUUCCACCUCCGACGAGGAAGCGACUAGCUAUCUAUUCUAUUCUUGUCCAAGAAACGUACAAUCGAUGUGUGAUCACACUGUCGACGAGAACUCUAGAGCUAUCAAAGAAAAAACUCGCUCAGCGACGCUCUCUUGACGAUCAAAAGAUUUGCGCAGUUUACACAGCGCAUAUCGCCGGCCACACUCGCGCACUCGCUCAUAGCCCAGCGACAAAACUAUCCCAACUACCCACUCGCUUCUUGUUGCUCGCCAACUUGUUUCUAGUUUUAGUUCACCUGUUGUUUGUUAAUCAGUUUGUUUGUUGUUGUGGUCGGGAGAACAGUUAAUCUUUAAUCGCCGGCGGCGCGGCGGUGGGACAAAUGCCUUACGUAGAUUUUGAAUGUAGUUUAAAAUCAAUGUAAUUAUAUUUGCCAGUUGUAUUUCUGAAUUGAUAUUUUUGUGUGACUUAUAUGUAUGUUUUGGAAUCUUAGAGGUUUGUGUUAAUAAAUACAAAUCAAGACUGCUUUAGAAUAAUUCCUCAUUCAGGAGAAUCUCGUCACUUAAGAGUAUUUAAGCAAUAAAGUAAAUUUAAAAGUUAUUUAGAAAACUAAAUAUUAAGCACUUUAUAGAAAGGUCAGUGUGAUAAAGGUAUUCGUCAUGAAUUUAUCAAAACCAAAAUAUUACUAUUUGCAGUGAUUCGAAAGUGUCGUAACCCAGUUUUAAUAUUUUACGACAUUUUAAAUCACAAACGAUACUUACGCUGUAGAAACUACUAAUAAUUAAUAUUAUCCAAAAGCAUUUUAUGAAUUUAACCGAUUAUUUUUAUAAAAACAAUACUUGUUUAAAUUUUUACAAGUUGCAAUGAAAUUGUUGGGUACUUAUCAUUUUAUUUAUUACUGCACACAUUCUACAGGCGCAAUGGAAUGGAAAACGUAUGAAAAAAUGUUUUUAUAAGUACUUACCUAAUUCUUGAAAAUAUAAGUAGGUACUUUCUUACACCCGCCAAUUUUGCCAGUAAAGUUACAAGUAGGUAUGUACCUACCUACCUUUAUAGUAUCUACUAUUGAUAGGUACGAGGUACCUACCUACUUGCCACUUUUUCAUAGAGUGCAAAGUCGUUUUUAUUGUUUUAUCUUUUGACUAGGUUCCAAUUUUAACAUUUAUUUUAUAGGAAAAACUAUAAUUACUUACAAUACGUGUACAUAAUUAAUUCAACUAUGUACUCCAAAACUCUAUUGCUAACUCUAUAACUAAAAGCCUUCAGUGCCUAUAAAUUUAAAAUAGUUGCAUUAUACACUGUUUCAUUUGCUCAAAAAUAUUCAUGCCUAAUGAAUUGGCCACUUUAUCAUACAGGUAAUAUUUCAUUCUUAAAAAGAUUAAUAUUUUAAUAAGAUGUAAACCGAAUACAAACAAUACAAUGAAAAUAACUUAGUUUUUAAGCAUAGUCUUGUCUUUACAUUUAAGUAUUGGUGUAGAUAAAUAUAAUAUAGGUACUUAAGUUAUUAAGUUGUAAUUAGGUAGUAAUUAGGUAUGUAAAGUAUAAGUAUUAAUUAAAAUAAAAAAUAAACAUAAUAUAAAGGAACCUAAAUUGUAAAUAUCUUAUGAAUGAAAAUGUUGGUUUUCAAUAUAUUUCGUUGAAUGAAACUUA